CGAACAAAAGAAAUUAUUAAAAGAACAAAACCGUUUUGGAUUCGAUUUGAUGAAACAAGCUAAUGAGAUGAUGAGUUUUGAAAUUGAUUAUAAGAUCUUUGUAAGAGAUUUAGCACUAAGACCAAUCCCAUCCAACAUUCAUCUCGAAAACCCAAAACCAGAACCCCAAGUUUCAUCCAGCACCUCACCAGCCGCAACCGAUCCCAUAAGUUUUACUCCAACUCUUCCAGCUCCUUCAUCUGCUAUGAUCGAAAGUUCAGUAAUCUUAAGACCUGGAGGUUAUAAACGUUAUACACUUCCUCCACCUCCUGCUCCUCCUGUUUCGGUCCCUUCGGUUUCUAAUCAAACCCAUCAUUCAAAUAAUCCAUUAAUGUAUACCACUAGUUUAGUGGAGAUUCCUAGAAGGAGAAUCUUACCUAAACCUUCAUUGUUUAGUAGUAGUUUUUUUAUUUGGCAAAAAACCAAUUUAAGUUGAUCAAAAAUCGAUUUUUUUUGGAGGCGAAGGUUUUGGUGAUAGAUGGUGUAGAGGAUUUGGGGUUUUUUCUUUGAGAAGCGAUGUGGGUUGUAUUGGAUCAGUUCUUUUAUUUUUUACUUUUUAAUGUAUAGGUGGUUUGGAAAGAUAGAGUUGAGGAAAUCAGAUUCAUUGGUUAUAGGGACAACUAUUUUGUUGUAUAUUGGACAUUGAGGAAAAAAAUGAAGAAGUUCAAAGUUCAGUUAUUAAUGGGAUCUU